AUGGAGAAUAUUAAAAAGGGUAGUAAUAUCUCUCUCAUGAAUUUGCCUGAAUCCACUUUGGAAUGCAUUCUGAAACGGCUUUCACCAAUAGAACUCAUUAAAAUGUCUGAAGUGUGUACAUCUUUGAGGGAUAGAUGUAGAAGUGAUCAUUUGUGGGAUAACCACGUAAAGAAGAAAUGGGGCAGAAUCAUUGGUGAUGUUGCUUACAAGGAGUGGCAAUGGCAUAUAACAACAGCAAAGGAGGAAGUAAACAACUUAAACCAACAUAGCAAAGAGAAUGGAUCAUUGGGGUCUUUCAGUGUUGUUUGGCCUUUGCUAUGCAUUGGAUCAUAUUUAGAAGAGUGUAAGCAUCUUAAUAGCUCAUUGUCAAAUAACUCUAUGAUGACUUUGUAUUUGUCUCUAGAGAAUGGCAAGUUCUGGUUUCCAGCUCAAGUCUACAGGGGAUUAUUGGUUACCCACGCCUUAGUUUGCUAUGAUUCCGAAACUGAUACCUUUCAAGCAAGGCAACAAAAUGGUGGUUCGCUACGAAGGGGGAACAAUGUCCAAUGGCAUAAGCUGAGAGCUUGCCCAGUUGAAACUUCUGCAUGUGUUCGAUACGUCUCUGAUUGUUUAGAAGACUUAAAGCCAGGAGAUCAUAUUGAGAUCCAACGGAGGUUAGGAAGACAAAAUUAUUAUGAUUGGUGGUAUGGUGUUAUUGGUCACAUGGACUCAUGUAAUGAGAACGAGAAUGACUGCCGCUGUCGUUACUGCGAGACGUUGAUCGUGGAGUUCAAACAAUACUCUCAAGGGUCAAGAAUGAGACGAAUAAAGCUACACAGAAAGAGGGAACAAUGUGAAGAACAAGCCGAAUACUAUGGAGGAAUAAGAAAGCUUCAAAAUGAGGAGGAGAUCGAAAGAUGGAAGAAGCUCUUACCACUUCAUCUUAGAAAAUAUUAUUGUGAAAUUAAGUCGACAUAA